AUGACAACUGACGCAUACAAAAGCUUGGUCAGGCAGUUGCGCAUGGACAAGAGCUCCCAAGCACAUCAGACGCACUUCAACUUCCCGGGCUUCACUGGAAUAUUUGCAAGGUUGAGCGUGCCCUCUGAAAAGGAGCGCAGGGAUCUCUACGACAUACUCUUCGCUGUGAUUCAGCAGGCAGGUGACGACAUUCGGGCGAGCCCAUGCGUUCUGUGUGAACGCAUACCACAAGAUGGUCGAUUUCGACUGUUCUUCGAUUGGGAUGUGAAGCUUCACGAAGUCGGAACCGAUGACGAUAUUUUGCUGACCAACCAAACCGUCGUGCAGGGAAUCAGGGACGAACUUGUUGCAUCCUACGGUGCCGAUUAUGGAGAUACGCCUCUUCUGGUCUCUGUUGGCUGCGCCCAGAAAAUUCAUGUCAACUGUCCCGGCAUUGUCGUGACGAAAGAAGUUGCGGUCUUCCUAUGUGAGCGUUUGCGGGUACGACUGAUCACAAAGGCAUGUCUUGCAGUGGACAAAGCAGAUAAGUGUCUCGACACUUCGGUCUACAAUGGUCAGGGCCUCCGCCUGCUUGGAUGUCACAAGGGAAGCAGCUUGAAAGGCGCCGAUGUUGAGCCAUACGAAGCGCGAUUCGGCGCUGGAUCCUUCCGGUACGCUUAUACCCCCGUGGACAGUGUUUCACUUGAGCGGCGCGCGAUUCGGAGAGAGGAUCUAGACGACUACAGCAUCAUUCCACAGCCUCAUGCAACAGUGACCUUGCUUUGUGACGAGGCUGAUGGAGACCUUCAAUCGCGUAGAACUGCGAAAGUCCCCCGACAAGCAUUGAAGAGGGGAGUUUCAGCCGAGGAGAGCGACAUGACAGUCGAUUGCAACAGCAACACAGAGGUGUUUUCAGGACCGGAGUACAGCGCGGUGCUAGGGAAAGCGACCAGCUUUUUCUCCUCCCAGUACGGGCUGACGGAGCAGUUUCACUCGAUCAUUGUACAAAGGGCCAAGAAAGCUCUCAUUUUCAGUACGAAGAGCCGCAGGUGCUACAUCAAAGGCGAUACCCACGGGAGCAACAAUCCCUACAUCGUCAUCUCCAGCUAUGGGUGUCGCUUCAAGUGUCCAAGCUUUGAAUGCAGUAAGGUGCCUACCCGGAGUAUCCCUCUCUGCGAUCUGCCGGAAGAGCUUUCGGAAGCGUACACGAAGGUCUUCCAUGUGGAAUCUUCAGACAAGGGAAGGAAGGCGUUUGCGUCUGGAGUUCGCGCCCUGGCAAAAACGCUCCCGAGUAUGAACUUGAAGUUCAAGCCCGCAGAGGUUCGCAAAAGUGGAGUUGGCUGGGUGUGCGUGCUGCAGGAGAACACUCACUGUCCCAGUCAUCAAAAGGAGCACGACCGUCCUGAGAACUAUCUCAUCGCGAAUUCUAACGGGUGCUUUGUCGGCUGCAGGCAAGAUCCUGCGCUGUUCUUUCCGUCCGGUGCUUCUGGUCUACAGCUGCCAAGCAGUGUGACCAACGUGCUCUUCCAGUAUGUAGACAAGCGCACCUUCAUUGUUGACAGCGGGACUUUAGCGGGCAACACCCCAUUCAUAGACGAGAUCAAAGACGAGACACAGCAUUUCGAGGACGCGGAGGCCAACCGGCUGUUCAAGAGUACAUUUCGAGGAACGCACUCGGCGUACGCAAAGUACCUGUACCACUCUAAAGGCGCUCUCUUUAUCUGCAAUCGGGAAAGACAAGCUGCUUGGCACGUGUUCAACUGCCACCGCUGGAAGUAUGACCCGGGCGCGGCAUACCUAAUGCGCUACCUCUCGUCCGAUGAGAACCUCGAACCGUACCUCAGAGCGCGCAAGCUCUACAGUCAGGGCGACGAGGUCUCAUGGAAGAUUGCGUUCAACAUCGACAAGCUCAUUACGAGCUUCCAAAACCAUGGGAGCCAGCGGGGUUUUGUUGACGAAUGUGCGUUGUUUUUCAACGAACGCAGCGAUGAGCUCGAACGGAACCUGGAUGGGAACCGGUAUCUGAUCGGUUUUGCCAAUGGGGUCUUUGACUUGAGGGAGCGCAUGUUUCGAAAAGGGGAGCCGAACGACUAUGUCAGCAUGACUGUGCAUUACGAGUACGGUGAGCCAAUCGAAGAAGACGUCGGCGACGUGCUCGCCUUUAUCAGCAAGAUUCUUCCCGAUGAUGCGGUUCGCCACUACGUACUCAAGCUCCUGGGAUCUUGUGUUUCUGGGGAUACUCGCGACGAAAAGUUCCAUGUGUGGAUCGGAGGCGGAGCGAACGGCAAGAGUACGCUGCUCUCGCUUGUCGCUGCGGCUCUGGGUCAGUACGCAGCUUCGAUGAAGGCCACGAUGUUGACCCAAAAGUCACCUCCCGCUGACAACGCAACUCCAGGAAUGAACAAAGCAGUUGGGGCACGUAUGGUUGCCAUGCAGGAAACAAACUCUGGCGAAAGCGUCAACGAAUCGCUUCUGAAGAGCUCACUGGGUGGUGACAAGAUAGACUACCGCCCAUUGUUCAAAGAGGCGCGAGAGUUCUAUCCUCAUUUCAAGAUGAUCCUCUGCACGAACAACCCCUUGACCAUAAAAGGGACGGACCACGGAAUCUGGCGGAAGAUCCGAAUGGUUCCUUUUGAAAGCCAGUUUGUGGCCAAGAUUGGCAGGAUAGCCCACAAGGAAGGAAACGCAUCAGUUGAGCCCAUCGAACACUUGAUUCAAGAUGCCCAAGGAGAUGCUGUGUUUGAGAUGGACAAGAGCGUUAAAGACAAGAUCGACGGGCCUUGGAAAGUCGCUUUCAUGCACAUGCUUAUACGAUAUUAUUACGUGUGGCAGGAGGAGGGGCUUGACGAGGUCCCGGACAAAAUCGCUCAAUACAAUCGGGACUACAAGGAAUCACAAGAUAUGGUUGGGAAGUUCCUAGAAGAAAAGUGUCAAAUCGGUGCAGAGUACAAGGUGCACAGCAAGCCGCUAUGGGAAGCUUUCUUCGACUGGCAGAAGACUGAAGCCCACCAGAUCCGUCAACACGACUUCAGCCAGAAGCUCAAGCGAGAUUCAAGGUUCACCUACUCCAAAGGGGUUGAUAUUAACGGGAAGAACAGUUGUGGUUACGCUGGGCUUCAGGUAAUUGGAACUGCGGCAGCGUGUAUGUGA